AUCAACAUGGAAACUUUUCAUCAUGCCCAAAUAAGCAUUCCUCUUCCCUACAACUUUACUAUUACUAGUAGCAACACUGGAAGUAUUCCUGGACCUGCAGCAAAUUGCAUAACCACUCCCUGGAUGGACAGUAGGAUAUGGAGCAGACUCCCACAAAGGCUGAUUGAUAGGGUGAUCGCCUUUCUUCCUGUACCAGCUUUCUUUCGAGCUAGAGCAGUCUGUAAGAGAUGGUAUGGGCUCUUAUUCUCCAACAGCUUUCUCGAGCUAUACUUGCAAGUUUCUCCACGCUGCCACUGGUUCAUAUUCUUCAAGCAGAAGAGUUUAAAGAGCAAUAUUUACAAGACCACUAAUGGUGGAAAUGGAGCCGAUAGAAUCAACUGUGAAGGGUACCUUUUCGACCCUUAUGAGACCAAGUGGCACCGAAUUUCCUGCCCUUUGAUUCCACCAGGUUUUUCCCCAGCCUCAUCCUCAGGUGGCCUAAUCUGCUGGGUGUCUGAAGAGGCUGGUUCAAAGAGCAUUCUUCUGUCUAAUCCACUCACUGGGUCUCUAACUCCAUUGCCUUCAACUUUAAGGCCAAGGCUUUUCCCUUCUAUUGGUUUAACCAUCAGUAACACAUCCAUUGAUCUAGCUGUUGCAGGAGAUGACAUGAUAUCCCCCUAUGCAGUGAAGAAUUUAAGCACUGAAAACUUUCACAUUGAUGGUGGAGGAUUCUACUCCAUCUGGGGUACUACUUCUUCCCUCCCAAGGCUUUGUAGCCUUGAAUCAGGACAAAUGGUUUUUGCUAAUGGCCGAUUUUACUGCAUGAACUAUAGCCCUUUUAGCAUUCUGUCAUAUGAUAUCAUUGCAAAUCAAUGGUGCAAAAUUCAAGCUCCCAUGCGAAGGUUUCUGCGUUCUCCAAGCUUGGUUGAGAGCAAAGGGAAGCUCAUUCUAGUUGCAGCAGUGGAGAAGAGCAAGCUUAAUGUGCCAAAAAGUUUGAGGCUUUGGUCCUUGCAAGACUGUGGGACAAUGUGGGUGGAGAUCGAAAGAAUGCCACAGCAAUUAUACCUUCAAUUUUCAGAUGUUGAAAAUGGUCAAGGGUUCAAUUGUGUUGGUCAUGGAGAAUUUAUUGUUAUACUGAUCCGAGGAUCUGAAAAGGCAUUAAUGUUUGAUUUUUGCAGGAAAAGAUGGCAGUGGAUUCCUUCUUGUCCAUACAUUCAUGGCUAUAGGAGUUACGGAGAUCAAGCUGGUGAAUUGCAUGGUUUUGGCUAUGAGCCUAGGCUUGCAACACCUGUUACUGCACUUCUGGACCAGUUGACACUUCCCUUUCAGUCUUUCAGUGGGUAGUUUAGGUUUUUAUGAUCCCAUCAGUAAUCCUAGUACUGUUGCAGAAGUCAUGAGAUAACCAAGCUAUUUUACUGUAGUACAAACUCUUGGCUAAUUAUCACCAAUAUUAGGGUUAGUUAGUUAGAAGCAUGCAUUUGUAGUUUCCAAUUAAGAUGCAUUUCUAGUUUCUAGUUAACUUUCAGUGAUGUGAAUAAGUUGGU